AUGUCAACAUUGCUGAAAUUUUCCUACAUUUUGCCCGAUGGCAAAAAAAUCAAUGGUUAUUUGAAAGAUUCUUCGCCUAGCUUUACCAACAUCCAAGAACGGAUAGUUCAAACCCUGUUUGAAGAACGUAAAGAGGAACGUUGCGAAAUACGUUACUAUUGGAUUGAUGAGGAUGGUGAUGAAAUCGAUAUUGUCUCACAAGAUAGCUUUAAUAUCUUUUGGGAGAUUGGUGGACGCCGUCAUUUAUAUGUGGCACCCAAAAAUAAUGCCAAACCAGCCGUGGUGACAAAGUCCCAGGAAGCCACAGCAACCACCACUAAGGCCACUCCUCCUACAGCUGAGACCACAAAUCCUACAGCUAAUGCUGCUGGUGCUCAAUCUACUUCAGUACCACCCCAACCCGAAGUUACUUUUGAUGUCAAUCAAAUUCAUAUGGGUGUCGAAUGUGAUUCAUGCCUAAUGGCACCCAUUAUCGGUUUUCGUUACAAGUGUAUCCAAUGUCCCAACUAUGACUUGUGUCAACAUUGUGAAGCCAAGCAUGUCCACGGUGAUCACAUGAUGAUUCGUAUGCCCAACAAUAGUUGUCCAUUUGUGGUGGAUGCCUGGGUAACACCUGGUCUUGCUGGGUGUGGUCGUAAAUUGGGUCGUAAACAUCAUCAUCAUGAAAAACGUUGGAAGAGUGCAGCAACAGCUGGAUCACCAAGCUGUUCCUCGGCAGCUGCCGGUGCCACCGGUAAUGGAGAAGGUGAAAAGACCAAAGAAAGUGGUCGUAAACAUGGACGUCGCCAUGCUCGUCACAAUUUCCUAUCUCAUUUGUAUGAAAUGAUGCAUGAUUUAGCUGAGGGAGGUGGAGCAGCAGCAGCUGCUGCAGCCGCCUCUGCUGGAGAUUCGGCUUGUACACCAGAGACUUCUGAUAAUACUACAAAAAUUCCAACUACUGAAAAUGUGGAUCAUGAGGCCAUUGCCAAGGCAGCUGCCGAAGCAGCAAAUUUGGCAGCCCAAAAAGCCCAUGAGACAGCUGUAAAAUCGGCUGAAAUUGCAGCCAAGGUUAUACAGGAAACUACCAUGGCUGGAACAGCCAAGGAGGCCAGUCCCUCCCCCUCUACCACUACUACAUCGGUUGAUAACGAAAAACCCACCACAUCCAAAUCGUCAACACCCAAUAACAGUGCCCAAGCCACACCAACAAUGUCAGCCACCCCCUCACUACAAGAUUUUGUCCAAUUGCUUGAUCCCAAACUCUUGAAGGGUGGCAUGGAAAUUUUGAAUAAUUUCAAUGAUAUGUUUGCCAAAAUGCUUGAUCCCAUGGAUGGGGCUGAGGGUGGUGAUGCCACCGCUUGUCCAUUUGCCGCCAAUUUUCGUCGACCCUCAAAUACAUCUUCACAACACUCCAAUACCAACUCGAUGAAUUCCUCAAAAACUACAACAUCUUCAAAAUCUGAAACUGAAGCCGCCGCCGCUGCAGAGCCAAGGAAUACCAGCCAAGAGCAAGCCGCCGCCACUGAUGGUCUCUUGGAUAUCAGUGAUGUGGGUAGUGAUAGUGAAAGUGAUAGCGUUUCGGAGUCAUUUAUUAAAUUGAAUGCCCCCAACUCCAAGGAGGCAAGUCCUGAGGCAGCCCCAGCUGCAGCAUCAAUUCCUUCUGCUGGUCCCAGCUCAGCCACAACAACACCACCACAAUCUUCUUUGAAUAAAUCCAAUGUGAUGGACUUUGCCCAAAUUAGUGCCGAUCUGAAGGCUCACAUUGAUAAAAUGGAAACAGAAGAACGUAAGGAGGGAGCAGCCAACGAGGUACCAAAGGAAUUGCGUGCUGUACCAGUUUUCAACAAGGAAACAGAAAAGGAAACUUCAGCAGCCACCAAAAAACCCGAAGAGAAGAGAUCCGUACCUGUUUAUCAUCAGGUUUCCAUUUUUUUAGAUGAACUCAUCAACAGCUCUGUUCACGCCAUGAUGGCAAUGGGUUUCAGCAAUGAGGGUGCCUGGCUGACACAAUUAUUGGAAAGUGUCAAUGGCAAUAUACCCGAAGCAUUGGAUCUUAUUUCGGCCUCUCAACGUAUGGGCCGUUAAAUGAAAUACAUAAUUUG